GAAAUUGUUGGAAAUGCGCAUCGCUGAUGGUUCGUCGAAGUCAGUGGAGCGUCAAGAGUGUCGUCGACUUAGUAUUCUAGUGCGCGACAAAAUAAUCACUUCAAACACUAGUCCCAAUGCGGCGUAGCUUUCUCCUUACUCCGCCCCUUCACAGUUCUGAGAAAUGGGAAACUGCCAGAGCUGUGCUUAGACGACAUACUUCAAACUUCUCCAACAGAAUGUCGCCAUUGCUCCAUCAGUUCAUGAAGUUCUCUUUGGGAAAGGGGAAAAAGAAUCGAACACUCGACGCGCCCAAAUCUGAAGCUGCAAGCGCACAUCCGGAGCGUGAAGAGAUCAUAUGCAAGAAUUGUUCCGACCUGGACUUCUCGGCCUUGACCAUAGCGCCUCACCGCUACGACGGAACCAGCUACAUUGCCCGUAAAAGCGAUGGAUUGGUUGUCUGGCACUGGAAAGGGGACAAAUCAUGCGAAUCUUGCAAAUGGCUUCAAGAACUUGCACAUGAAGCGGAGACGCACCGUGAACAGCGUGUGCCGGACCGUAUAAAGCUCGUCUCACUCCAGGGCUCCAAUUCAAAUGUCCUGACACUCUGUUCUGUUUCCAGGUAUUAUUCCCUCUACGCGCCUAAAGAAGUCGAGUAACGUAGGUGGUAGGUUAUAACGGUCGCUAUGCUGCUUUCGACCUAUCCAUACAGCCAGCAGGUGCGAGCCAUAUUAUGUCAGCCCAGUUGAUGAGUAUCAAGUCACCACAAUAGCACACUUGAUAAGAUUUAUGACGGGAUAUAUGAGCUUUCCAGUGCAUCCGAGGACGUCCAGAGCGACGUUCUCAUCCACGUCCAGAAUGAAUAGUGGUAUUGCGAGGUCUCGGCACGCAGGAAUGGACGUUACCACUUUACAUCAUAUUCCGUAUUUUACGCCGACGUAGGCUACCUCUAGCGGUAGCAUGUCUCUAGAAAAAGGCAUCCAUUUCGUCUAGUCUAAUAUACACCGUCCGACUUUUUUACACUCACCUGAAUGUAUGUAUCGUAGAGUGUAGAGGCACCUCUGGCAUUGGUAAACACCCCCAUCCGUCUAGAUGCGAUU